AGAGUGCGCAAGCCUCCCUGGGCCAGAGUGGGUGGGAGCCAUCGUAGCUUUAAUGGGCGGUUCUCUGGGAGCUUCGGGGUACAGGGCGCAGCUGCCCAUGCGGGGUCCCCGGAAGCGCCAGUGUCCAAGCUGGCGGUGCGCAUCCUCUGGGCUGGACCAGUAAAGGCGCGGUUGCUGGGCCCCACCCGACUAAGGCACUGGGCCUGGAGGGGGGCUCCCCCGCGUCGCCGAGGAGAUGGCGCUGCAUGUGCGUUGACGGCGCCCACGCCUUGAGGGUCCCAUCACUGUGUCCUGCGACUCUCCUGGGAGAGAGAGCAUGGAGCGCCCGGAGUCAGAGCUGAUACGGCAGAGCUGGCGGGCGGUGAACAGCAGCCCUCUGGAACAUGGCACUGUCCUGUUCGCCAGGCUCUUCUCCCUGGAACCCAGCCUGCUGCCUCUCUUCCAGUACAAUGGCCGCCAGUUCUCCAGCCCUGAAGACUGUCUCUCCUCUCCAGAAUUCCUGGACCACAUUAGGAAGGUGAGGGAGGCAGAGCCAUGGGGUCUCAGAUCUGCAAAACAUUGUCUUUGCAAUAUUGUUCUGCAGAUGACUAGGUACCUCUUACCUCUGCAGACAGUAGGUGAGUCCCUGCUCUACAUGCUGGAGAAGUGCCUGGGUCCCAACUUUACACCAGCUACAAGGACCGCCUGGAGCCAACUCUACGGAGCUGUGGUGAAAGCCAUGAGCCGAGGCUGGGAUGGGGAGUAAGAGACAAGCCAGUGCCCCUGUCUAUGUGUGUCUGUCUGUUGAUCUGCCUGUUGUAGUCUUAGCCUCUCCCCCAGGGUCUCUCUGUACCUUGGCCCCCAUCCUCUUGGCCAUCCUAGAGAGGUGAUGGGAGAGGGCUCUGUCUCAGCUUCUGGUCAACUGCAGGGAGGUGUGUUUCCUUCCUCACCCCCAUAGAUGUACUACUAACAUGCCUGGUUAGCUCUCCCCAGGAGGCAGAAGUUUUGGUAGUGAGAUGGCAUGGGGGUUCUUCUCAGAGAAGCUUUCUGCCAAGGUGAGGGAAAAGUGACCAGGCCUCUAGAAUUUUCCAUCUUGCCUGCCCAGUCUCUCUGAUACGUCCCUGCCAGGCUGUUUAUUUUCCAACGAUGAAGAGGAGAGGUGAUGUUUCUGGGGUUCUCAGGAAAGGGGAGCAUAGAAGAUAUCGUUCUUCAGUGGCAAUGGGCAUCCUGAGGCUCAGCUGCUCAGAUGCCCCAUACAAAACCUCUUAUGCCCUUGGUUCAGCAUUUCUGAUGGAAGCGCCCCAAUAUUCUUUUUGGGGAAACCUAGUUGGCCAGCCAGAAUAGAGAGGCCAGAAAGGCAAGGGGAGGAAUGACCUCAUCCCACGUGGCCCUGGAUUCUGGGACUCUUCCUGCCACCUUAUUCUAGCAGGGCUGAAUCCUGUCUCCCCACCCUCUUCUGCUCACCCACCACUCUCCAGCUAUGGGCCCCUAACUCUGUGUUGAACGCUUGAGGUAGACCUGUGCCUGGGCAGAUGAGCGGGAGAGAAUACAGUGAGGAGGGCCCCUGUCCCCAUCCCCAGCCACCCACACUUCCUUGCUCCGUGCUGUGGUUCUAUAAACUCACAAUAAACAUGUUCUGUGUGCUGACCCU